CAGGCAGCCAGCAACCAGCGCGUCUCUGCCUACCAAUCGGCAUGCUCGGCUCAGGCUCUGUGCAGUGCUCUCAGUCUCAGCAGCUAAAAGCUGGGCGCAGGGGAACUGCGACGGCCGCGCCAAGCAUCAUCCCAGUGAUGGCCUCUGCCGAGCAACCGUGCUCCAGCUUCCACCAGCAGCACUGCGCAUAAGGCUAACACACCCACCUUUGCCCUCCUGCCCAGAAGUGAGAGAGACACCACCAUGUACAGUGUGGAGGACCUACUCAUUUCGCAUGGAUAUAAAUUGCCUAAAAGCGACCCUCCGUCUGCCACGCCUUAUGACAAGCGCCCUGCUGAUUGCCAGCGGGAACUUGUGGACAACAGGGCUGGCCGGGGGACUCUGAACGGGUAUGAGGCCGACCGGGGGACAUCAAUCACAGGAAUCUAUGGCAGCAGGCAGGCACUGGUGAAGGGUUACCCUGCCACUGACAACGAGAGUGGGGAAAGGAUCCUAAGGAGAAAAGAACUCGGCAUCGGUAUCCUAGGUGACGCUCAGCCCUUGGGUGAUUCUCUUGCCACAGAUAGUGGGUUCUACGAUGUUCCCAGUUUGACUUAUUCUGAGCCACUGAGUUAUGACGAGAGGGAUGUUUCCUACUGGCGGAGGCGAGGCCAGGACUUCAGCAUCCUCCUGGACUAUGCUGAUGGCAGGGAGCUGAGGGCCUCUGCUGGUGCAUGGAGGCCACAGGCCCUGAUUGCAGCAGAGGAACACAGAGCAGAGAGGCAAGCACAGCAGCUAUGGGAGGAAAUUUCCUGGCUCAGGGACCUGGACGCUGCCCCUGGUCAGCUGAGGGUGACAGGGGAGAGGAAGUGCCAGAGCCUUGGUACAGAGGAGUGGAGGCCUGCUGUGGGCCUGGGAAGGCAGUUGUCUGAUGGGGACGGGGAGCGGUGGGCUCAGGACCAUUACCGCCUGAGGACACCAGAGGGUUUUUUUCACCCAAGAACUAAAGCAAAGUCGCAGUCUCUCCCCAGAGUUUUGUCACCUGAUCGUUCUAGCUGCAGAGAUCUCAUUCCAUCAAGGCCAAGCCUUCCUGAUAGACAACAGAGACUAAACAGCACUGUCUUCUCUGGGCCCUAUAGUAGGUAUAUCUAUAGUGGUGCUGUUGUAAGGGACCGAUGGGGUAGGAAUUCUGGGCCAAGCAGCCAUGUUGCACUUUUAACAAAGCCCAGGUUCAGCAGGCCUUUGAAGCCUCCAUCAUAUGAGACUCACCAGCAGAAUAGGGGUAGCGCAGAAAUGCUUGCUAUAGAGCAGGGUGCCAAACAAAAGGACAGGUCUAUCUAUUUUCCAAGGGGAGGGGAGCUGAGACAUGACUAUUUCGCACAACACUCUGCCAUCACUGGAAUGGAGCCCCCUGGAUACAUCCCACCCCCUUCUUAUAGAAGAGCUCCACCCCCGAGAUCAGUUUCCUUCAAUCGCAACGAAAUGGCAAACUUGAGAUGGAGGGCAGAAGCUCUGCAUAUGCCAAUGUCAGAUCCUGGUAGGUGGUUAUCCAGACAGUCAAGUAGCUCAUGGUUGGAACAUUAUGGGGAACGUGUUGCAUCCUAUCGAAAACAGGUACACUCCGGACAUGAAGAACAACCAAUUCAAGCCCGUCAAUUACCCGCUGAAGAACCAAGAGUGAAGCAAAUCUCAGGAGGGCCUAGCGGAACAUCUCUCACUGACUCAGACAAAAUACGAAACAUCAACAAAGAGAUCCCAGCCGCUAAGAUUUUAGGACAAUCUACACAUGAUAGUGCCUUUCCUCCCCAGCAGGGGCCAGCUCUCAAUACUGAAACACGCAAAACAGCGCUCAAUGACAAUGACAGCAGUAAUCGAUGGUGCACCAGGGGAUUAAACAAAAAGAGUGACAGUGUAGCUCCUGAACAAAGCCAACAACGAAGCCAGUUUUUCCCUUCAUCAAUCCUGGGUAAACCGCCACCUCCCCCGUGCAAGCCGGCCGACCAGGGUGUCUCUGAAACUGUGACAGAAGUGAAAAAGGUCGAGCAACCUGAACCACCAGAGAAGGACAAAACCAAGAACCUGAAAAAAAGACUUAGUGAGACAAUUUUUUGUUUGGUGUCCGUGCCUGUUACUCCGCAGCUUACUGGAACAAUCCGUGAUCAGAAUAACAACAAUGAGAAGUCACCGGACCCUGCCGACAGUCCCAGUGAUAACAAAACUGGCCAUUUAACAAACCAAAGUCUCCAAAGCACAUCUUCAGCUGAGGCUGAGCUGCAAGCACUAACUGGUAGCAUAGCGAGCAGCAAAACGAGCAGUCGAGCGAGCAGCAAAAUGUUUAAAAGAGUCCCCUGUCGACCCCCUAAGAUUAACCAUUACAAGGAGAUGAAACUGUCAGGAACCUGGCCUGCAAACCAGUAUCGAGACCAGGAGACACAAACUAGCCCAGAGGCCCAAAAAACUGGCCCUGAGAACAAGGAAGCACAACAAGAUCCUGUCCCCCCCGGCACUGAAGUUCCUCCUGAUAGCAGUGGUGCAGUGGGCACUGCCUUCAGUUUUCCGAUAAAGGGAGUGAAGAGCCUGAAACUCUCGAGCAACAGCGCCUUCUCCCUUACAUCCACCUUCUCCAACCAGCUGAACAAGAGCACAGCUCCGCAGCCAGCAGUCCCACCCUCAGGAAAUUCGGAGGAGAGCAAACCAGCAGCAAACGGUGGGCAGGACGGCUUUGAACAGUUCUUGCUGAGACCAGCCAGCCAGCGACCUUGGGAUGCCGUUAAAGAGCUGGAGACCAUCCAAAAAGAAGUUCAGGACCAACAGCAGCAGAGCAGCAAACAGCCCAGCGUAGAUAAGUGCAUAGAGGACCUAAACGAGGCCUACAAAGACAUCUUGGAGCUAGGCACUGCCAGCAAUAAAGUCCCAGAUGGUUCUGUUCAAAUCCCCGAGCGUAUAAAGAUCCGAUUGACAUCUGAACCUCUUAAUAAGCCCAGCAGCCUGAGGCGCAGUGCGGUUAGUUGGUCGGUCGACCCAGAAUACAGGGAAGUCAAGAGCGCCUUCUCCAGGCCUGCAACAAAGUCGGUAACCUUCAGCAAGCAGCUUAGGGAGGAGCUCCCUGUCCCACCUCGGGAGACAGGCUUCAGAGAAUACAGGGUAAUCUCGCAUCUUUCGCGCAGACGCAGCAAUGACGGCAGGACAGUAAAACUAGACCUGCCAGACGAGCCUAUUGAGACACCACUCAGUGACUUCAGUCCAACGACGCACACUGCAGCAGCUGAAGUGCCAUGGGCGGAUAGACAGCCCAUGCAGGAUGCCUCCACACUCACUAGUCCUCCAGAUUACGAGGACAUAUGCCAGACUUUGCGCCAGACCAGAGACCCUGCAGAUGCCAACAAAGUGUCCACAGGCAAUCUGAAACCUAAUGACGCAGAGUCUCUUCAAGAUCUUAGUGUGGAAUCGGACGAGGAUUGUCCCAUUUGUAAAAGAGAGCUUGAGAAUCAGAUGAGACAGGGCCCGUUGCCUCCACUUCACGAGGAGAACAGCUCGGACAGUUCGGCCAAUCAAAACGCCAGUCCACCGCAACGUGCUGCUUUAGAAAGUCCAGCGGAGGAUACAAAAUCAGAGGACCCGAACGACUCAAGCUCGGAUCAGGUGGGGUCUGAUGUAACAAGAGAACAGCCUUCAUUGAGACAGGACAAUGAGGAAGGAGAAGAAAAAACAAACAAUGCUGUGGCAGAAAACUUGAAUAAUUUGUGCUCAAAUAAUCCCACUGAGAGCACACUAGCCGUUGGAGCUACAGAGCAGAUUGCAUCGAAAAUGUUAGCAACUGAUGUGCCUGCAGACCCCAAAGUCACAGAAGAACAGAGUGCAGGUGAAGCACUCACUAUGGAAGUAGAAUUAGUACAGAAAGACGUCGUUACAGCUGAAACAGCAGAAGGCAGUGCAGACAAACAGACAGCUGAAAUGAAAAAUGAGGGUGAGGGACAAGAUGCUUCUAAUGAUAAACAGGAGCAAGAGAAGAAGCCAUUUGCUGUCCCAGAGCAUAGACUCGGUCUACGGACUCAUCUGGGGCGAGACCACCCAGGGUUACCAGAGUUUCCACCAGAUAGACUGCCACUCUCCGUUCCGCCAAACCUAGACCGCAGGCUGUCUUUAAGUUUGGAAGGGGAGAAAAGGAGCAAGGGCCCCUCCCACCGGAUUGAAGCAUUGCAGAAUAAGCUUGCCAUUUCUCCAGGUCGAGUGGCAGUCGAACGCCUGGCUCGGAUGAGGGAGGUGGACGUCAUGUAUCGUAUGAGGCGCCUUAGCAUCAGGAGCAAUGACUCUGGGGAUGGGGAGGGGGAGGGCGGUGCAGAGGCAGAGGGGGAGGGCAAGGACGAACAAACAGAGGAGCUCCAUCCUGCUCCUCAAAGAGACAAGGAUAACAUUCAAGAGGUCACCCAAUCACAGCAGGUCUCUGAGGAGAAAAAAUUGCAAGAUGAGGCGGAGUCAUCUCUCUCAGAACACCAUGAUCCCAGCCAAGUGGAGAUAGAGUAGAAAGACUGCGUCAAUCAUCUCCAUCAGAGGUUUUUAGCUCCAACACUGUGACCUGGCUGCCUACUAGAAUGCCUUCAUCUCAUCUUGACACUGAAAUGGCCUUCUUGUCCGACAAGAGCAUUGUGUACACCCUCACCCUUGGCGCUGCGUUGACUUCUAAGAGUGCUGUUCCACUGCCAAAGGGAGGUGCCCUUUUAACUUGUGGGGGCAACUUCCACCCCAAGUCCGUCCCCAGCCUACCCAAACUGACUCCCCACUACCCCAUCUAUCCUCCAUCCCCAAGCCCAUCCUCUUUAAGGGUUUCUACUAUUAGUCUUCUUGUAGCGGCUUGUCCUUUCUAUUCUAUCCUCCCUAUGCUUUUCUCAUUAGCAGACAUUAUGCAAUUCUGUCGUGCAUACUAAACUUUGAAAAGGUCCAUAGUGAAUACAGUCGAGGGAGUUUUUUUUUUGCAAAAUGAACAAAUCAGUUUGUUUAUGGGCAAACUGUAAAGGAUAUGAAUGUAAGCAUUUAUGUUUAACCUAAUGUAGACAUAGAAAGGUUAUUGUCACAAACCUGUUCUGUUGCAUUUAAACUACACCAAAAUAAACUUUGUAUCUGAUUGUCGUGGUGAGGCGACAGCUGUUUUAGAACUGGACAUCACUGUCACUGGCUUAAGAACUGUUUUGAUUUUCAGAUGAGAUUAAUCAGCCUUUCUUUUUUAAGAUUAAAUGACAUUGUGCCCUGACUCAUUGCUUUUGUACACUCCGCAACCAUAACCCAUAUAGCUCUUCAAUGAAGAGCAAGUCUGCACCACUCGAACAUGAUAGAUCAGUAACCUACUGUACGAUACAUUGGUUCUACGCUGGAGAGGGAGAGUCGCCUUCUUAAAGUACGUUAGUCCCCAGAUCAAUCCGAUGUAUAGCUCCCAUUUCCAGGUAAUUUCAGGAAGCAAUAAAGGCGCAGAUUGAGUUGAAGAGGCGGUCGGCAACUUUGAUUAAAAAUUAAAAGAUAAAUAUUGAGAUAUAGAACAAAAAAAGAUACGUAGAGCAAUAUUGUUGUACAAACAGCUAAGUGGUGUAGUGGAGCUACCUGUAGGAACCAUUUUCAGGAGUUUUAAUGUGACGUGUCAUUCAAAUCAUAUUACAGGGAUAUGGAAUCGUGUCAGGGUAUAUGGGCGCUUAACAGGGGUGGGUGCUUUUCUUCAUGAUAUACUGUAUAUCUAUGUUCAUACAUCUGUAUCGCAAAGAGACAUUUCACUGAAUAUUUAUUUUUGUUAUCAUCGAAUUGUUAAUCAGUUUGCAUACUGUACAAAAUAAAGUAUAUUUUAAAUAUUUUAAGAGAUAUUUUGUAUUUAACCAUGAAAUUUUAUUUCUCCACACUUAAAGUAUCAUACGUCUGUAAAGUAUCAUAUUGAGAGUACGCAUACUUUUCUAGUGCUUUAAAAUCUUGCAGAGUGAUUCAAGAAGGGAUGGCCCUGUGGUGUGCCUUGAUCACACAAUUCGGUUUCAGUAACAGAUAGGGUUCAUCGUAGCCUGGGUAGACGUGAUGGGAACUUUUUGAUUGUGCCAUGAUUUCCAAUUGAUAGUGCUUUUUUUCCAUAUGCUAACAGAGUCAAUGUUUGCUCUCCAUGUUGUACUCAAUACAUCAAUUCAUUCCAGCUGUAUUUCCUAUGUUGGUGGUCAAAUGUGACCUGUGUCCUAUUUAUGUCUUUGUAUGUCUUCCAAUUCAAAUCAUGUGUUGUUCUGUUGUUGGUUCCUUGAAACAUGAUUAGAAAUAAAAUUGGGAUUUUUUUUCUUUUGCUUCCACCCUUCUUUUCUUCUAUCUAUCUUUUCCUGCUUCCUCUUUUCUUCUGCCUUUCAUUUAACAGUGCGUCAAUGUUUUGGAAAAAAAAAAUGUGUUCUGCUGUCCCUAACACUUAUUGCACUAAAGGAUACAAUGCAGUAUGCUUGUUGUUGGCUAAAAAACAUGUAUGUGCAAAAGUAUGAAAAAAAAGUUUUUCUUUCAAAUACAGGGUUUUUUAAUAAAUCUUAAAUCAAAACAUAAAACGUGAUAUAAAAAAAAAAGUUAUUUUGGAUAAAACAAGUUUGCGGUUACGUGUUUUUUCCCCACAAUAGCAGCACUGCAUUGAUGAAAAGUAUAUACAAAAGAUUUGUAGGAAUCUUUCACUCAUCAAGUAUCACUUACUGUUAUGUAGCAUUUUACAGUUGUAGCAUUUGAUCAACUCAGAACUCUGUCUUAGCAUUUCAAACAUUUCUUGUAAAUUUUGAAAAAAAUCAUGUCGCCUUAUUCUGUGUGCAUUACAUUACACUCCAGGCAAUGCCAAAUACUAAGAUACUAAGCACUGUUUCAUACCUUAGGUUUUUACAAACAACUUACUGUUUCUGCCAUGUCUCUGGCUGGAGAGGUACAGUAGCAUUGUGGAUAGUUUCCGCUCUUCAUGCUGGUUUUCUGUAGGAACAUUGAAUCAAAACUGUGAACUUCACAUAAACUAAAAGCUUACUCUUAAAAGUACAGCGAGAUUCAGUGUUUAAAGACGAACCCAUUGUCAGCAUCACAGGGAGGACAAGCUGGCACGCCCAUAAUUACUAACACAUCUCAUUUUCAAUUCAUUAUAAAGACCGAAAGGCCUCGCCUUGGUCUUGUGUGUAAACUGCCCCUGACAACAUUUAAUUACCUAUUUCAGUACAUAUGCCCCCCAAAUAAUUGGCAUGUCAGGUACACUUGAACAUUGUGUCAUUUGACUUUUUGUACUGCAGGUUACGUGCAACAUGAAGUAAUUAUGCACACUUGUAAUAUUUUCUAUUUUCAUAUGAGAUUUAAGUGCUUUUUGUACUCACUGACAUCUUUUUUUCUUCCUUGCAUGAAAUGCGAGAGAAAGGAGGAAAAAAAAUGUUUUUCAUAAAGUAUAUUUGCAUUUGGUACUCCAAUAGUAAAAACCGGUGGGCAAAACAUUAUGUUUCAUAAUUUAAUUUACAAGACUAUGCCAAGUAUUUAAAUGCUAUUUUUAGAGUAAAUCAAAAGAGAACUCAUUCAUUUUCUUUCUUUAAAACAUGCCUUUAUCUUUGUAUCUAUAAAUAUGAGCAUAAUCCAUAGUCAUGAUUGUGCUACUGUUGUAUGAUACUGCAGUCUGAUUCAUAAAUAAACUCUUUGCAUGAAA